CAGACCAGCCCCAGGUUCCUGUAAAUCCCGGGCGCUUCUGCACCCCCCGGACGCUAACAACUUGGUUUCCACUGUCGCCUGACUUUCAUCCCCAAGACCCAGAAUCUCGAGAGAUGGCUGCUCAGUGUGUCACGAAGGUGGAGCUGAAUGUUUCCUGUGACAAUCUCUUGGAUAAAGAUGUAGCAUCAAAAUCAGACCCGUUAUGUGUGUUAUUUUUGAACACGAGUGGUCAACAGUGGUAUGAGGUUGAUCGCACAGAAAGGAUUAAGAAUUGCUUGAAUCCCAAAUUUUCUAAGACAUUUAUUAUUGAUUACUACUUCGAAGUGGUUCAGAAAUUGAAAUUUGGGAUUUAUGAUAUUGACAACAAAACUAUCGAACUGAGUGAUGACGACUUCUUAGGAGAAUGUGAAUGUACCCUUGGACAAAUUGUCUCCAGUAAGAAGCUAACUAGACCACUGUUACUUAAAAAUGGCAAACCUGCAGGGAAAGGGAGCAUUACGAUUUCAGCAGAAGAAAUAAAGGAUAAUAGAGUGGUCUUGUUUGAAAUGGAAGCCAGAAAACUGGAUAAUAAGGAUCUAUUUGGAAAAUCAGACCCAUACCUGGAGUUUCACAAACAGACAUCUGAUGGAAACUGGCUGAUGGUUCAUCGAACAGAGGUUAUUAAAAAUAACCUGAAUCCUGCUUGGAAGCCUUUCAAAAUUUCUCUUAACUCCCUGUGCUAUGGAGAUAUGGACAAAACCAUUAAGGUAGAAUGUUAUGAUUAUGACAAUGAUGGAUCACAUGAUCUCAUUGGAACAUUUCAAACGACCAUGACAAAACUGAAAGAAGCCUCCAGAAGCUCACCUGUUGAAUAUGAAUGCAUAAAUGAAAAAAAGAGGCAAAAGAAAAAAAGCUAUAAGAAUUCAGGUGUUAUCAGCGUGAAACACUGUGAGAUUACAGUAGAAUGUACGUUCCUUGACUACAUCAUGGGAGGAUGUCAGCUGAAUUUUACUGUGGGAGUGGAUUUCACUGGCUCCAAUGGUGACCCAAGGUCUCCGGACUCCCUCCAUUUCAUCAGCCCCAAUGGUGUCAAUGAGUAUUUGACUGCUAUCUGGUCUGUGGGACUGGUCAUUCAAGAUUAUGAUGCUGAUAAGAUGUUUCCAGCUUUUGGUUUUGGAGCUCAGAUACCACCUCAGUGGCAGGUAUCACAUGAAUUUCCAAUAAACUUUAAUCCAUCCAAUCCCUACUGUAAUGGAAUCCAAGGCAUCAUAGAGGCUUAUCGGACCUGUCUUCCUCAGAUAAAACUCUAUGGACCAACUAAUUUUUCUCCAAUCAUAAAUCAUGUGGCUAGGUUUGCAGCUGCAGCCACACAACAGAAGACAGCUUCUCAAUAUUUUGUGCUCUUGAUUAUUACUGAUGGUGUCAUCACAGACCUUGAUGAAACCAGGCAAGCUAUAGUUAAUGCUGCCAAGCUGCCUAUGUCCAUCAUCAUCGUUGGAGUCGGAGGAGCUGACUUCAGUGCCAUGGAGUUUCURGAUGGUGAUGGGGGACCUCUUCGCUCCCCAUCUGGUGAGAUGGCCAUCAGAGAUAUUGUCCAGUUUGUGCCUUUCAGACAGUUCCAGAAYGCUCCAAAAGAAGCACUUGCCCAGUGUGUUUUGGCGGAGGUUCCCCAGCAGGUGGUGGGCUACUUCAACACAUACAAGCUCCUUCCUCCCAAGAAUCCAGCAGUGAAAUAAAAGGAGCUGCGUCCACUUAAGCAGAAUUCUUAUGCUAAAAGGAACAAUGCCAUUUCUUACACACAAUCAUGUAUCUGCUACUUUAUGUACUUUUACCCCAGCAUUCAUGAUGUAAACCUAGUUCUAUUUGAAUUAUAUCUGUUUAAAGAGUAGUUUUUAUAUUUUUUGAGGGAGACAGUGCCAAGUCCAUGUUUGCCCAAUCAAUUCAGUGAUUGCUAGUGAUUUACAAUAAUUGCAGUUAGGCCUAUUUGGGUUAGAACCUAGUGUGGGGAAAGCUGAUUUUUUGUUGUUUACUUUUAUAUAAUAAAAUUGCCAUUUAUAAAUGUUUGUCAGUAGAAAGAGUGAAAAAUUGUUGGGAUGAUGUGAUUUUUCAGGUGGCUGUACUUUGUUCACAGUAAAUGUUUUACAGGUCAAUGUCUGUAACUAUUGAUUGAGAAAGCUUCUUAAAUUAGACAAUAUUGAAUUUGUUUCUGUGGAUUCAGUCUUUUUCCACUGGGCAAAAACUACCUUUAUAGUGCACCAGAUUUGUGCUACAGUUUAGACACUGCACAAUUUACAAAACAGCAUGAACUCUCAUAGUACUUCAUGAAAAGGAAAAGUACAUACUCAAUUUUUAAAUAUACAAUCAACAAGAAGAACCUCUUAUGAGUAAGCUAUUUUUAUUUGCCUUUCUAGAUUUUUUUCAUUGUGGAAUACUGUAAAUGUGCUCAGAUUUGGCCUUUCUUUUCAUUGAUUGAAUAUGAUGCUCAGGACUCUAUAGAUGCAUAGUUACAGGUUGUCCCAUAUCUACAUUGUUAGAUUAUUUUAAUCUGAGAUUUGCUAAAUAGGUUAGUAUUGCUUUGUCCAGAAAAGGUAUGAGGACCAAACAUAUAAGGUAAAAAUUCAGAAUUCCAUUUGUUUCUGAUGAAAGAUUUUACUUAUUGAAGAAAAAAAGAAAAUGAAAUUUUUUACUUUCCUUGCUAAGGUCACAUACAUUGAUUUAUACAGAUUUAUUUAGGCAUUUUCUCCUUUUGUUAAGUAGUAUUUUUAUUUGAUAGCAGUUAUCUAUUAUUGAAAUCACAUUUUAAUAAUGUAUUAUUUCCUAAAUCCAAAAUAUAUUCCAUUAAGUAUAAUAGCAGAUAUAACUUUAAAAAAAAUAAAAGAAAAAAAAAUCCCUUUCCACUACUACAUUAGGGUAGAGUGGAUUUAAUGCACUUUUUUUUGGGUUGUUUGUUUUAAAGAAUAAUUUUGUUUCCUGGUGAUUGCCCUUCAGAACAUAUUACUAGGUAAGCAUUACAUUUUUAGAAACAAAUUCAGUAACAUUUGAUGGAGGACUUAUGUGCCAAGCAUUGUGCAUAGCUCUAUGUUGGCCAAUUAAUAAUUUAUCAUUUAUAAUUGUGUGUUUACCCUUAAGUGGAUGUACACAGCAACAUGUAGACCUUUCUCUCAGUAUCAUUGAAAACCCGCACCACAGCUCACGGCCCUUAUUCUCUUCAACAUCUAAAGGAGGUGAGCUGUCAGCUGUGAACAGCUUUGGCUUCUCAGAAACAGCUCACUGCCAAGGUCCGGCUCAGAAGGGAGCUACUUGUUGUCAUGGUUGCUUAGCCAGGUGAGCAGUCACCACUCUUCCCUUGGCUAUCUGGGCCCCGGGUAUAUGCUGAUAACUUGAAGGUACCUAUCUAGUAGGCUUCCACUCCGUGGGACAGUUCAGUAGUCAAUAAGUGAUUUCAGCAUUGUCAAUAGAGGAGAAAGAACUGAUCAUUCUUUCUUGUUUUGGAGCCUUUGUUGUCUCAGAGGUCCUAAUUUCAGUUAGGAAGCAGUAUAGAUAUGCUUGUGURCUUGGAAACAGCAUAAAUAUGUUGCUAUGGUUUUUAGAUUUUUCUUUUUAUAUAUAGGAAAUCUUUUAAAUAUUGACUUAUACAGUUUCUCAAUGUGUGGGUGAACAGGUAGGAGAGGAGCCUCUCUGAGUGCCCUGGGCCUGCUCCUCAUGUUCCUUCCUUAACCACAUCCUCAGCAGCCCUGGAGUUACCUGUACAGGCCACUUGGAAACCUCUGGUCACAAGCAGCCAUUAUUUUCAUGGGACAAGUGGAAGUCACCACUGUCAGGUUGAUUUGGUCUUCAUAAUUUUUUUAUUCUGGUUCCACCAGAAUUGUUCCCUUUAGAAAAUAUUUUUCUUUAUUGAUUUCUUGAUCCGUUUAAUUAUAGAUGUGUUAUUCAUAAGGGCUAUGAUUUCAACAAAUAAAGGUAAUUGGUACCUUUCUUCAGUUUGAAAUAAAAGUAUUUACAGUUUCUGAAUUAUCAUGGUAUAAAAUCCUUACCAUUUGAACAUUCACAUGCUGUGUGAAUGUUUGGAUAUUGUUUUAUAUUAAAAUAGUCCUUUUCCCUGUUGUGCCACCAUUCAUUCAGAUACCCUCCACUCUUUAAAUGUAUUUAAAGAAAAAARAUAACCAAAUGGACUUCUACAUCUCAUGUAAUCAGGUAUAUUACAAAUGUAUAUUAAAGUGACAGUUCCUGGGAAUACAUACUAUUUCUCAUGCACUUAGCAAGAAAGUAGUAUAACCCACUAACCUAGUCACCUCACCUUGUGAUUAGAAUGGAAAUUGUAAGAACAUUAAAAAUUUAAAGUCUGAUCAGGGAUUUACAACWGUUCACUCUGGGUAGUGCUUAGGCAACCUUUCCAAAGUUAAUUCAGGGCCCCAUUGCUGCUUAUGCUGUAUUUUUUUUCAAUCUUUUGUCUGUUUCAUUUUGUAAAUUUCCUAGAAAGCCAUCUUCAAUCAGUCUCAUCUAGUUUGUACUUUAUCAUGGAAAUGUCAUAGAAGGUAGCCAGAAGUUUGGUGGAAAUUGGGAGAGACUAUUUUGCAUUUAUAUGGAUGUCCUAUGUGAUACUGUGUAUAUAACUUACUAAUAUAUGAAUUGAUGUUAAUUGAUCUUCUAUAUGAAUUCCCUUUGGAUAAAGUUAC